CCUUGACAAAUACAUGAUGGCCGUUGCCACCGAAUAGUGUAACGCGUACAUGGAACUGUCGUGUGCCAGAAAAGUUUGUUAUUUUAAGUAGAAUAUUUGAUCGGACGGACGUCGCGCGCACUGUUCCCGUUUGCGAUGGAACAGAGUAACGUGCUCGGCGCCGUGACUGCGUCGGGAGAAGUGUGAAAAAACGCGAUAUCGCGAGAGGAAAACACGGGUGGCAAAACCGCGUUCGCGGAGAAUACAAUUCGAAUAUAGAACCUGUGGAGCCACAAGUGUAGUGUGCGUGACAUUUUCAAAGAAUAUUAAAUCUGGGACAGUCCUGAACUGUAUCAAAUGUUUCCAUAUUAAUGCCUUAAAGUUUUCUCUGAUAAGUGGAAUCGUCGGUAUAACACGGAACAUGCACUACCUGUUAAGUGAUUUAAGAAAGUGUUUCAUAAACACAUAAUUUCUGAUGUAAUGUCAUGGAAAAAUGUAGUUCAACUGUAUUUAUACAUGGAUGGAAUUUUGCAACAAAUGUGUCUUAAAGAUAAACUGGAACACUUUCAAAAUGCAGUUGUGCAAUUGUUCUUCAAUGGAUAAUGUAGUUCGGAAAAGAACUACCUACCGUGUGGAAGAGAUCCGAACAUGUUUCACGCUAAAGUAUGAUAUUAGAGACAAAUAUCAGCAACAUAUUUGAAUAAAUCUGUGCUCCCAGAGUAAAUGAUUGUUGCCUAAAUAACGGGUGAAACAAGAAGUUACAUGCAUGACAGGAAUAGGAGACGUAGGUCGCAGACGCGUUGAAUGGCGCCGUAGCGCAAAUGCAGUCUUCUACUAUCACUGAGGUGUAAUGUAUGAGUAAGGAGUAUACAGAAACAAACAUAGAUAAGCUGAAAAGGUGGCUAGACGCUGCCCAGAGUAAAGAGGGGCUGCGUGGGCAUGCAGCAGCCUCAGUCACGCCCUCUUCUUGGGGACUCAGUAUCCUCUACGACUUCCCCGACUGCUCGGCGUAACAAUCCUCUCGCUGUUUUGACGCAUCAACAAUUACAACAAUUGCAACAACUGCAGGCUCAAAAUUCGAGUGGUCAGUCGUUGACAUUUGCUUUGCAACAAACAUCAAAUAACCCGCAAGACCAAGGAAAUGGGUCGACAACUGGAAACCACAUAGUAUAUGUAAACCAGUUAAACCAUUUAAAUCAGGGUACCAUAAAUCCCUCGGGGACUGGUAUGGGCCUACCCCCGGCCACCCCCACUUUUGGGGUGGGCCUUAAUAUGGGAUUGCCACUAUCACUACUAAAUACCAGCCUCACGUCCCUCACGUCUAACGUCAUCACUACGUCAAAUCCUCUGCUCAAUUUGGGCCUGCCGAGCAUAAACACAGGACUAACUACAAUAAAUCCUAGCCUGAAUCAGUUGAACACCAUAAAUUCGAAUUUAACUUCGAACAUUGGUUCAAACAGUAUUAACAGUGGCUUGUCCGGUCUGGGCCAGGAUAUAAACAACAUAAAUCCUGGGAUCAAUCGGCUUAACACGUUGAACUCUGCGAACAUAAAUUCUGGAUUGUCGAACGUCAAUGCUGGUAUUACGAAUGUGAAUCAAAAUUUGACAAGUUUAAAUUCACAGAACAUAAACCAGAAUGUGACCAGUCUGGGCACGAGCUUCACGUCCCCGAGUCCCGGUUUGACCGCGAUCAAUCCGAAUAUAAACGCGAACACGAGCAGCAUAAACUCUGCUGGCAUAAGUCAAGGUCUCAACCGACCUGUGAACGCGUUAACGACCGGAUUGACUCAAACUAGCCUGAACUCCAGCGGUACACAGUUUCCAUUCCAAACGAUACAAAGCAUACAGAGCAUCACACCGCACAUCGUUGGCUCGACGAACAUCGCGCAUGUACCAAGCUCCGCUAUAUCGCAACACCCGAAUCCGAACGUGUCCACCAUCUCGCAAAUAUCGAACACUGGCACCAGUUCCAGCAUAUUCACGAGCACCUCGAACGAGCCGAUUCACACGACCACGGCGAAUCAUGCCUCGAGCGUGAACAUUUCCCAUCUUGGUACAAUGCACUCGAACUUGUCUAACGUGUCGACGUCUAACGUGCAGCACGAACCAAACAUGUCGCUGAGCUCCCAUACCUCCUCUUUGAGUUCCUCUCAGUCGACUGGAUUUCAGCCUCAGCGACAGUACACGCAGGGGAUCAAUCCUAGUUUAAGUUCGUCGGGAACGUUAACGGGCUCAUCUCAGUCGAACGCGGUCAAUACCAUAAACACUGUUAAAUCCAUGCAAACCAUUCAGAGCCAGAAUGUCAGUUCGCCCAGUAGUCCGUUUUCGAUACCAUUGAAAAGUCCAGCGUCUAAUAUCGCGCCGCCUACACCUAGCCCUAGCCCAAACAGACUGUUGCUCAGAAGCCCGGCAUCGAACUCGAUACAAUCCAAUAGGAAUAGUCCAAGCCCUGUCGGAACGUCGGCGUCGAAUAAUAAUUUUAACAUGCAAAUGCAAAGCCCGAUGCAGAGUCCAAUGAGCGUCAGCCAAAUACAGAGUCCCGUACUUAGCCCGUAUCCUCCUGCGAAAAGUCCUCAUCUACUAAGUGGAAACAACUCUCUGAACAACAGAAGUCCGGCGCCUGGUGGUAGCCCCGGUCCGCCUGUGGUCAGGCCUAAUACACCGAUACUUCAACAAGGCAUGCAAGUGUUACAAAUAAUUCACGGUACGCCGCAGGGAUAUCAGUCGACGCCGACGCAGCUGGUCACUAGGACUCACUUGAUUGGAAAUCAACAAAUUCAAAUAGCGACCAAGCCUGCUAAGCAGCCACCGCAAAUAUUGCCGAAACCUCCGCAACAGCAAGUAGUCGUUACUUCUCAGCAAAAGCAACAGCGUGUCACCACGACUAUUACCAAUCAAGUAACGCAACAGACUCAACCGCAGUUGGUUCUUGCUGGGCCCCAACCGAACCCCACGACGGCCACGAUGAUACCGACAGCACAGGGUUUACUACUAAAUCAGGUUUUGCCAUCGACCGGACCCGUUAUCGUUCAGCAACAACCAGGCGGUGUUCAGCUCAUACUAAGAACGCCAGCCAGCGCCCAGCAACAAACACACACUGCACAGCUGACGCAACAGCAGUUAGUGAGAGUGGUCACAGCUCAGGGUAUGCAGUUACAGGGUAUCACACCCACGUUUUUCGCUGUGCCCAAUGGUUUUCCUCCGGCGGCGUCUCCUGUGAUCAGACACACUCCUUCUAGUCCUGCACCUUCUGCUAAUUCGGGGACUGGUAACUCUAUAGUGAUUCAGAACGCAAUGGUACAAAGCCCUCAGCCCCAAAUUUCGCAAGUAGGUUCGGGUGCCAGUUCUAGCACUCCCUGCACGCAGACCGUCGUCGAGCAGCCUUUGUUACCGCCACCGAAGAAAAAAGCGAAGAAGAAGAAGAAGGCGAAACGGAAAGAUGACGAGCCGCCGAAGCUGGACCUCGCUAGUAUAAUGAAAAUAUCGGGAAUAGGAGACGACGAUGAUAUUUUUGAUACCGAUCUUACCACCGAGUCCGACGUUCCUUGUCAAGUUCAAGUCGAGCAAACCUCGGGACAGAGUUUCGUACAGCAUUCCCAGCCCCAAAUAACGACAUCCGCCAGUUCUCAGAAUCUGGUACAAGUACCUGCGUCGAAUACAACGAAUACACAGACGUCUGGCUCCCAGACGUUGAACAAUCAGCUCGUUGCCCAGCUCCAGAUGCCCGUGCCGAACGCGAUACAAGGGCAGUUGAGAUUCGCUCUCGGAGAGGACGGUAGAGUUGUUCUUCACCGUACUUCGGAUUUAAAUCAGCCCGAGAUGGAUUCAGCCACUGCCCAAGCGUUAAUACGAUCGUUGACGCAGACCGGUGGACCGAACUCGCCGAUCAUCUCGCAUCUCCUCGGACAAACCACCCAGACGACGGCGACACAGCCGACGCAAAGCACCGUACUGCACAGACAAAAGUUUGUUAAAUCGCCGCUGUCGUCCAACGUGACAACGGUCACCACCACUGUAAGUUCUACAGGCCCGCAAACUGUUUCUUGUGCUACUAGUCCGCAGCAUGUGCAAAUAUGCUCGAAACCGAGUAAUCAUCAUCAUCAGCAGAAAAGUGUGAAUGUUCCUCAAGAGUCCAAUCCUGUGUUAAACGUUUGUGUCCAAAGCAAUCUCGUGUCGUUACAAACAUUGGAUAUGCAGGCAUCGAAAAACAUUGUACAAAAUCAUCCGCCGACGACGAAAACUAAUAACCAAUCAUCUAAUACUAGCCUCCCGAACAGUAAUGUCCUAACGAGUCCCGAUGUUCUAGCAAAACCCACGUUCAAUGUACAAAAUUCACGGUUGACUAAUACGAGUCAGACUAAUCAGCAAAAUUCUAAUAUGUCCACGCAGAAAUCUAGUCAAGUGCGACUUACAAAUGCUUGUGUAACUACUAAUGUGCGGCAGAAUUUGAACAAAAUCCAGUCCCAGAACGCUCACAUACAAAAGUCAUUGCCGAACAAUUUAACUGUACAGAACGAGCACGCGGCCAAAAGUAAUCUGAAUGUUCAGCAGGGGAGCCAAGAGCCCGCCGCGUUGCAGCAGGAGUCGAUCUACCAACACGGUCAGCAUCCGCAAAUGACGGCGCAGGGCGUGCAGACGACUCAGGUCUUUGAGCAGAACCUUCCAUCCUCCGGGUCGAACGCUCAACACAAUUCCAUGAACGUGCUGCAGCCCAUGCAACACGACGCCAUGAACGUUCUGCAGCAACAUUCUAGCAUCCAACAGAACACGAUCAACGUUUUGCAGCAGAACGCGGCCAGCAACGUGCAGAGCAUGGAUCAAAAUAUACAGACCGGUGUCGGCGACUUGACUCACGCCCAGCAGAACGUUAUCACGAGUAUGCAACAACAGAAUACGUCGGCCAUUCUACACAACACGAGUAUACAGCAGAAUUUGAAUGUGCAACAACAGAAAGUAGUCGCGGCGGCGAACACGUUCUCCUCCGUGAACACGCAUCAUUUUGAAUCCCAGAACGCGAUCAAUGCCAUGCAGCAACAGGGAGUGAACGCGCAGCAGAGUAAUCAACAUCAGAACAUUGUCAUUACGAACGUUCCUUCGUCGAAUAAUACGAACGCGCAGAGCGAAUCUCAAAAAGUGGAGGCUCAAACGUCGACGAUGAUCAAUUCGUCGUCGAACAAUAUUUUGAACAGUGCGCCCAAAAUUACACCGGAGAUUUUGAACGCGCUGAGCAAUUUAAAUCCCAACGAUCAAUUGUUGAUAGCCAACGCGAACGGACAGAUGCAAGUGAUUAGUCAACAGUUGUUGCAACAAUUUUUAUCAGGGCAGCUGAGCGUUAGUAAUCAGUCGCAGAAUCAAAACCAAACUCAGAAAAUAGUGAUCGGCGAGCCGGACGCGAAUAAUCAGAAUUUGCAAGGUGUGCAGAUCAACACUCCGACCAGUCAAAUAAUUGUAAACAGUUCCGGCGGUGCUCCGACCAUUCAGAAUAAUAUACAGAACAUCGUUGUGCAGGCCGCACCUUCUCAAAUGCCACAGCAUAUACAGAUUCAAAAUUCCAAUUUCCCUAGUCAAUUCAUCGACAAUUUGAAUCAGCAGCAAAUCAGGAAUCUAGGUAACAAUCAACCAAAGAAAGCGAAAAUUGUCAAAAGGACGAAGUCGACUAGUACUGCUCAAAACACUGUGAACGCCCAGGUAACGAAAACUGUUACAAUCACUCGGCCGACGUUGGUGUCAACGAGUACGAGCAAUCUUCAGAAGAUUGACAAUUCAAACAAAGUCACUACUGCAGCAUCCCAAAGUACAAAUCCGAUCAAGAGCGAACCAUCUCAAGUCAUAAUGAACGGCCCUGUGCUUUCAACGUCCACAGGAAGCCACUUGUCGGUUCCUUCGAACGGUCAAAUGGUUCAAAGGGUACAGACUAUCCAGCUUCCUGCCCAAAACCGGCAACUGUUGAAAAAUAUCCAAUCUCAGAUACAAGCUAUAUUAUCUCGAAAGACGGGAACGCCCGACCAAGCGACUUUGUCCAAGUUGUAUCAAGAGAAGGCUAAAAUUUUGGCCAGCGGGAAGAUCGUCAGUACUACAACACAUUCCGUCAGUAGUGGCACCGAGACCAGCUUCAGUGUCAACGCGCUUUCGACAGUAGCACCGAACUUGAUGCCCCAGAAUUCCUUCAAAACUCAAACCUCGGCUGUGCAAACUCAAACGCAGCCGACCACGCCAGUGGUAUCUUUGCCAAAUAUAAUUCCGAGUACAUCGUCGACAACGCAGACUAAUUCAUCCAACAAUUUUAUAAACAAUCUUUCGCAGGUACAACAGAAUGUGCAGGGGCAACAGCAACAAUGUGUACCGAGCAGUCAGAGUGUACACCAGGCGCACACGAAACAGCACAAGAUUUCAUAUCAGAACCAUGGGAAUCAGAUAUUGAGUCCGUCCUCCGCCAACGUGCAAAUGUUCUCGCCGCCGAUUACCUCCGUAUCCAGCGUGCAGACUAACGCACAAAUGACCUCAGUCCAGACGCAGCAAACGACGAUGCAACAGUCGGCCCAAUGUCAAACGGACCCGCUAGAUAUUAAACCAAAUAUUCAAGCAUCGAGUCCUGUGAAGCAAGAAGUUUCCUCACCUGUUCAAGUACAAGUUCAAAGCGGCUCUCCUGCGGGACAGGUAGCCUCGCCUAGAAUGAUGGGCAAAGGACCGCAGCGAAUUCAAAGUCCUGUGAACACCAAUGGCAAUGCCAACAAACAGCAGACCGUCAGUCCCAGCAGCAAUUCGAGUUCUUUAGUAUCAAGUCCCAGGCAAGGGGUGAAACGGCCCGCGUCCAGCCCGCUUUGUAGGCAAGUCAAUCGUAGCGAUUUGUUGGAGCAACAAUUAAAAAUCGAUCAAAACGGCGCGAUAAAUCCAGAUGUUAAUACACCGUUCAUGAGCAAACGGGAUGCCUGCAAGCGUCUCGUGCGGUAUCACUGUUUAAACGAACAAGUACUUAGCUCGAAGGAUUUGGCAAAAGCUGACGAGAUAUUCGAGGAAACAGCGAAACAUCUGUUAUCGAAAUUCCAUUGUAUGAUGAACAAGUACACGUACCUUCUGUUGAUGGAAAGCAUGCGGGAAGUAAGGACAUCGGAAUUGAUGAUGAUCGACAGGACUUUCGUCGCUGAGGAACAAAGUAUCUUGAACAGGCUACGCGAGCAAGAGGCUAAAGUCAAUGAGGAGUUCAAGAAAGAAGAAAAGCCGUUGGUGCCAAAGGUCGAACCUGGUCUGGAGGAAGAUAAACUAUCGCCACCGUUGACCAACGUGUCCGUAAAACGUGAAUUGGAAGACGAUUUCCUAGGCGAUGAAAUGGAAUGCAAACCGGUGAUCAAGUCGGCGAAUUGUACUAGUGGCGAUUACGACGAGUGGCUAGAGAUACAGAAGGAACUCGGCGUCUAUCCGUCUACCACGGAUUCGUUCAAAUGUAAAAAUAGUAGUAAUAGUGGUAGCAAUAGUGCUGUGAGGUCAUCGAAAACUGAGAGGACACGAGCAAACGGUGAAUGCCGCGCGGGCGUGUCUGGAGUUCAAGCCACGAUAAAAGACAGCUGCGAGCAGGACGGUACUCCGAUCUUUGAGAGACGUUGGAGCAGCGCCACGGAUCUCGAGCGUGAUCUAUUAGAAGACACGGACAGCCUGGACGGACUGGCGUUACAUUCUCAAACGCAGUGUCCGGGUUCUCUUCACGUGUCCACGGAAAGCGGUACCGGUAACGAGCACGACGACAUCACCGCACAGGUACAAUCUGCCAUCGAUAGCAUUCUUAAUUUGAAAAAACGUCCUACAAACACGUUAGCCGGCAGUGGCGGCGGCGGCGGUGGCGGGGGCAGUGGUAACAACAGUGCGUCGCAGUCCAGUGAGUCGAAGGACACAGUGCUCGAUCAAGCAGUCCGCAGCAUUUUAGGCUCGUGACCCUCCUUUAAUAAAGUAUGUUGAAGUGAAGUUAAAGGUGAACACGUUGUUUGAAAAGAAAUUUUUAAAACGACCCACCUACCUAUACACUUUUUUUCUUGGUGAUUUUAGUUUGUGGUGAAUAUAAUAUAUACGAAAAGGAAUCGUGUCUGAUAUUAAGAGAAUUAUCGUUCGGUAAUGCAUACUUGACAAGUAUCCCGCGAAUUGUUGCUAAAUUAUUUGUACAAAUCCUCGAGCAUGAAUUGUGUUUAUAUAUUAUAGAACGACGAUGAAAACAGACUAUCUGGAUUUUCUAUACUCGAUCCAAAAAUUUGUUCUGUAAUGGCAAUAACUACUCGUAAUACGAAAGAAAAAAACGCAAAAAACAUGUAUACUUUCCAGUAGUCUAGUUCUAACAAGGCCACCGCGUUUACCUAAAUCUAGCAGCUGUACAUGUGGAUAGAUAGACGAAUAGAUCGGUAUAGAUAGAUAGUUAAAAAUAAAAUUAGGUGAGCGCGCUCAGAUUUUUCAAUCUGCCACUUUGUAAUGUAAUUUUGUAAAAAGGUAAUUAUUUAAAAAAACAACUUAUUCCACUUUGUCUGUAGUACUUGUAGAGAAGAAAUCUUACGGAUACUUAACAAAAAAAAUGGGUCGGUGAAUUGUACAUACAUUUCUAAUGUAUAUUAUUAUUCGCAUUAUUGUUAUUGAGAUUCGUUCUCAGAAUUAUUAUUGUAUUAUUAUUAUCAUUAUGAUUGUCAUUAAUUAUUAUUAUCAUUAUCACGGUUAUUAUCAUUAUUAUUAUUGCUACUAUUAUUGUCAGCGAUACCAUCGCCUCGUGUGUAUGGUAGAAAGAGAAAGUAGUAGUUUAAGAGACUGACAGACCAUGCGAAUGCAGAGGGCAAACGAUUACCGGGUGAAAAGGGAACACGAUUAAUUCUGUAAUAAUUUCAACGACUUGAACUAUUUCAUUUCUAUUUAAUGUAUAUGCAGUCUUAAAUGUUGAGAAAACGGAAAAUCAAACACAGACAUUUUUUAAGUAGAUAUGUAUAGUAUUUUAUGAAUGUUUUGUCAUCACGCGAAACGAGCUAACAGAAUCACAAUAGAUCUGAUAAACAACAACAUGUGUAGAGAGCACAUGGGUGGAAAAAGGUGACGUUUUAAACGCUGAUAAUAGAGGACCGGUGAUGAAGACUUGGAAAGCAAAUCUUUCUAUACGUGCCUUUUUAUUUUUUACAUAGUUGACGACUAUAUCAUGUAUGUACACUUGUCUUAUAUGUACGUAAUUUUAAUUCGAUUAGUACGGAUGUUUUUAAACAAAACCGCAAACUUGCAUAUAACCAUUGUAAUUGUCUGAUUUAAUCAUUUUUCUAAACUGAACAAUCGGAUCGACGACAGCGGUGCUUUUACGAUAAGAAAUUCUUUCAUUUACAAUUUGCAUGGUCGCAUGUAUUUUUCCAUCCUUUUCCCACGACGAUACAUGAUGGCUCUCUAUACGCAGAGGCAAUGAAAUGUUUUUCGGUAAAAAGCAAUUCAAGACUGACGUAUAUACAGAGAAUCAUGCAAAAAUUAUCUAAUGUAUUACAAUAAGGAAUAAUCAUUUGUACAUAAUAUUCAAUUACACUCUCGACGGCAAUCGUGACUUAAUGAUUCUUCAAAGAUUUUAAAAUUUGGAUAUGCUAAAGUUCUUUUGAUCCUAAUAAAUUGCCGAUAUUUCACGA